AUGGCUUCAGCUAUAUUUGCGUUAGAUCUUAAAGGAAAAGUCCUUAUAUCGCGAAAUUAUCGUGGUGAUAUACCAAUGUCUGCUGUUGAGAAAUUUAUGCCACUUGUGCUAGAAGCUGAAGAAGAACAACAAGCCCCAACUCCUUGCUUUACGCAUGAAGUGUUGGCUUUAACAAAGAAGAAUUCAAAUGCUACAACUAUUCUUUUAUUCCUUCAUAAAUUAACGGAGGUGUUUACAGAAUAUUUUAAGGAACUUGAAGAGGAAUCAAUUAGGGAUAAUUUUGUAAUUAUUUAUGAACUUUUAGAUGAAAUGAUGGAUUUUGGAUAUCCACAAACAACCGAAACAAAAAUAUUACAAGAGUAUAUAACCCAGGAAUCACAUAAAUUAGAAAUUCAAGUAAGACCACCAAUGGCGGUUACAAAUGCAGUAUCUUGGAGAUCAGAAGGAAUAAAAUAUAAGAAAAAUGAAGUAUUUUUAGAUGUAAUUGAAUCAGUAAAUUUAUUAGUUAAUGCAAAUGGAAAUGUAUUACGUAGUGAAAUACUUGGAGUGAUUAAGAUGAAAUGUUAUUUAAGUGGCAUGCCAGAAUUAAGAUUAGGAUUAAAUGAUAAAGUUAUGUUUGAAAGUACUGGACGUUCUGCUUCAAGAGGAAAAGCUAUUGAAAUGGAAGAUGUUAAAUUUCACCAAUGUGUUAGGUUAUCAAGAUUUGAAAAUGAUCGUACUAUUUCUUUUAUACCCCCUGAUGGUGAAUUUGAAUUAAUGAGUUAUCGAUUGAACACGCAGGUUAAACCCUUGAUUUGGGUUGAAGCUCUUGUAGAAAGUUAUACUGGUUCUAGAAUAGAGUAUAUGAUUAAAGCCAAGGCUCAAUUUAAAAGACGUUCUACAGCCAAUAAUGUUGAAAUACAUGUUCCCGUGCCCGAUGAUGCCGAUUCUCCAAAAUUUAGAAGUAGUAUUGGAUCAGUUCAUUAUGCUCCAGAAAAAUCAUGCCUUGUAUGGAAAAUUAAACAAUUUCAGGGUGGAAAAGAGUUUUUAAUGAGAGCUCAUUUUGGGUUACCUUCCGUUAAAAAUGUUGAUGAUCCCGACAAAAAACCACCUAUCGGAGUAAAAUUUGAAAUACCAUAUUUUACAACUUCAGGUAUUCAAGUACGAUAUUUAAAAAUUGUUGAAAAAAGUGGUUACCAGGCUUUACCUUGGGUUAGAUAUAUUACACAAAAUGGAGAUUAUCAAUUACGUUUACCAGAAAGUAUUAAAAAUAACAAAAUGACUCCUAUUUAA